AGUCUCGCAGUUCCCACAGUUCUUUUCUUGACGGCGCUCUUUUCCCAAACGACUAUCCUAUUGACCGUCAUGUCCGGUAUAAAUUUGCCAUCCUCUCUCACACUCCACGACAUUUCUGGCUACCGUGAUGAGAGCUUUCAUGCUGAGUCUCAUGACACUAUUGCGACGACCCUACCGGAAAACGUUGGAAGGAAAGACAAUGAGCCGGCACCACCGCCAGAUGGAGGCACUCAAGCGUGGCUUCAGGUACUCGGAUCCUGGAUGCUGUUCUUUAACACCUGGGGAAUUCUGAAUACAUUUGGGAUUUUCCAGACGUAUUAUGAAUCGGGCGCAUUAUUCCGAACAUCCUCGUCGAACAUUUCCUGGAUUGGUUCUAUUCAAGCUCUCGCCUUGCUCGCAACCGGCGCUUUUGUAGGGCCCAUAUAUGACCGUGGUGGCUACCGAUGGCUCCUUAUCGUUGGAACUGUCGGUGUUGUACUUGGACAUAUGCUACUUUCUUUAGCCAAAACGUACUGGGAGGCGCUUCUAACACAAGGCUUGAUGGUUGGAAUUGGCGGUGGUUGUCUCUACGUCCCAGCUGUUGCUAUCAUGCCGACUUACUUUACGUCUAAACUUGGUCUAACCCUUGGCAUUGCGGCAUCUGGAAGCUCGACAGGCGGCAUCAUAUACCCGAUCAUGUUCUACAAGUUGAUUGACCGUGUCGGGUUCGCAUGGACUGUCCGCAUAUUGAGCUUCACUGCGUUGAUUACGCUAAUCAUCCCGUUUUCUGUCAUGAGAAUGCGCGUUAAACCAGCCAAAGUGCGGUCUCUCAUUGACUGGACGGCUUUUCAAGAUGGACCUUAUAUGACGUUUGUGGUUGGGUGUCUAAUUGGCUACAUGAGUAGUUACAUUGCGUUCUUCUACACCUCGUUCUUUGGGCAAGCUUCCGGUAUCACAGACACGAGUUUGGCGUUCUAUCUUGUUCCUAUAUUGAAUGUUGGAUCCAUGUUUGGUCGAACUAUGCCCAAUUGGUUGUCCGACAAGAUUGGUCCUCUGAAUGUCAUCGCGCCGAGUGCUUUAGGUGUUGGCGUAAUAUUGUUUUGCAAUAUUGCUGUGAACGACGUUGUUGGCAUCGUAGUAACUACCUUGCUACUGGGCUUUUUUACUGGUGUCUUCGUCGCUCUCCCCCCAGCAAUUUAUGUCUCUCUUACCCAAGACAAGUCCAAGAUUGGUACACGCAUCGGCAUGGGGCUGGCAUUAGCCGGUCUAGGUGUACUCGCUGCUGGACCUGGCGGUGGUGCAAUCUUGGGCGGGACACGCGGGAGCGAGAAUUUCGAGGGUCUCUGGAUCUUCGGAGGCACGGCAGCCAUGAGCGCCGGCGCUAUUCUUAUUGGGCUUAGAAUCUGGAAGGGAGGGCUAAGCCUUGGAGCGAAGGUCUGA